AUGGCGAUGCAAAAGCGUGCUAAUCUUCGUUUACCACCUGAAAUCAAUCGGGUUUUAUACGUGCGAAAUCUACCGUAUAAAAUAACUGCUGAAGAGAUGUAUGAUAUAUUUGGUAAAUAUGGAGCCAUUCGACAGAUUCGUGUUGGAAACACACCUGAUACACGAGGCACUGCGUUUGUUGUUUAUGAAGAUAUAUUCGAUGCAAAAAAUGCUUGUGAUCAUUUAUCAGGAUUUAAUGUUUGCAAUCGAUAUUUAGUAGUGCUGUACUAUCAAGCAAACAAGGCAUUCGAUAAAAUGAACUUAGAGAAAGAGAAAGAAAAAUUGGCCAAAACCCAAGCGAAAUAUGGAUUAAAUACAUAA